AUUUAACCGGUUAGUGUUGUGCAUAACGCUUGGGAAUCUAUCACUGUAAAAGUGGCUGAGCUUGGAGAAAUACCACUUAAGGAGUGAGAGGUGAGCAAAGUAAUUUUUUACCACUCCCCGUGUAAAACAGUGCCUUUCAUCUUUUCUAAAAAAGUUAAUCAUAAACAACAAAAAGGUAUACAAGGAAUUCUGUUUUUCUAACCGCCUAUCGACUUCUACGUGAGAUCUUUAUUGUCCAUUUUAUGAAAAAACAACAAAAAAAAAUAUCGAUUGUGAAAAAUUUCAUAGCGAAAAACUACUACAUGCGAAUUUGUUUACAAUGCUACAAGCAGCAGCUCGCUUGAGGCUCACAGAUUUAACGUUAAAGUCGUGGGCUUCGAAAUUAAUAUAAACAUUGCACAUUUUGUUAAUAACGAAGGAUUAUAGUCAUAUCCUGCAAAUAUGUAUUUUUUUGUAUUUUUGCUGUUCACACCUUAACAGGAACGUGAUUUUACCGAUAAUCAUUAGGUAUAAAGUAAGUUCCUUAGCUCUGUCUUGUUAUACUUCAUGAUGAAGUCCGUGUGAUCAGAAGAAAGCGGUCGGAGAAAUAAAUCAAGUUUUCAAGCUCACUAGUGUUCAUUAAAAAAAAUUGUUUAACGGCGCCCGUGGAUGUUAGAGAUGAGAUGAAAUCUAUCUCUCUGUCGCGUGAGUAAAAGUUCGUAGGUCAUGUGAGAAAGCGUCGAAUGUUUGAGGAAGUUUCACUGCAUGUGGUUUUUAGUUUGUUACCGUAUUUUCUCGAUUUAACGCCGGGCCCCGAAUAAACGCCGGGUCUUGGAGGGGAAGUUGUAGAUACACCCCCCAGACGUUUAUUUAUGGUAUAACAAACUAACGGUAUAAAGGCAAGAUAUACGGCUGUCAAGAAAAAGGCAUAAAAACUUUUCUAUAGUAACAGUAAGCUCGAAUAAACUUCAAAUUCAAACAAACGCCGGUCCACAAGGUCAAGUUUGAUUUAAACGCCGGGCGCGUUAAAUUGAGAAAAUACGGUAAUUGUGAUGUUAAGCGUUUACAAUUUUUGCAAUCGAUCAUACAUUGCUAUCUAGUGUCUAGACGUUAUACUUUGCAAUAUGCAGGGGCUUGUGCCACGCCCGGGGGAACUCCCAUAUAAAAGUGACGGGGACGCUCGUCGUUUCGCUUUGGGCUGUAAAUUGCAGAUUUUGGUCUCACUUGGGAUGAAAACAUACUAUAUAUUGCCCAUUCAGGUAUCGCUUAGUACUGUGCAUGACGAAAUUUCCAAAAAAAUGCGCUGCCACUGACCACAGAGAAAUCACCCUUAGGGGUCAUUUUAAGCUGAAGCCUCACCCACAUUGGUCUCCUUUAGGAGUUUAAUUUGAAUUUGCUGACAAGCAUCCCCGUCACUUUUAUAUGGUAGUCGCCCCCCCGGGGUGCCACGGUGCCUAGUCCACAAUCGCGGCAGGGCAAUUCCCUCUUAUUCUUUUUCAGUUCCCUUUUUUCCCCUUAAUUUUGUCAAUAACAAAAUUUUCAAAUCUGUUUGAUUCGCAACUUCCCUUUAUCUUUUGCUUACAUGUAACUUGGCUGAUACAAGACCAAAACUGUCGAAUUUGACCUGUCCGAUUAGAAUCUGCUUGUAUAAUCGAACAGGUCAAAUAGGAGAGUUGAACAGCCAAAUAAAAAAUCGGGCAUCAAAUAUUGAUGGCCAACGAAUAAAACAAAUUAAGUCACGCUAGUAAAUCAAAACCAAGAAAAAACUUCAGUGAGCCAUUUUUCCACCUUCAGUUUGUAUAUCCAAGAAAUUACUCAAUUUCUCUUGUACCGUCAAAAUUCUCAAAAAUUUUCUUCCUUUCUUUGUUUCUUUUUCAUUGAAAAAGACAAAACGCUAUGAUACCGACCUUCUCUAAUACGGAAAACGUCGGACCCGAAAUCUCGGCACCUGAGAGCAAAUUCGGGACGGACUCUAUAGUCCAUUACCGUGAGCAGGAGAUGCCGACAGUUUGGUUUCAGGUAGAUGAGUUAAAACAACUGUGUUAAAAGACGUGUUUUAGCCUGUUUAAUAACUGAACUCUUAAACCUGUCAAUGAUGACUUAAAAUUGACAUCAUCGUGACCUCUAAAAAAACAGACGAACACCUUGCUCUGUCCCUUUGGUGACCGUAUUUAAAAGGUUAAACUGUCAUUGCUCGGUGAGGGAGGGUAGACUGCCUGCCUGCUGGCCUCCCACGCAAAGGUUUUCCCACGCAGAAGUUCUUAGUGGUUCGUCACGCGUUCCUUCUCCACGUUGGAGAGGAUUGCGUGACGAGCCAAAAGAACGUAUGCGUGGUUUAGCAAGACUGUAAGCAGCCCCUCUGGAUUUUCGCGUGGGUGAGCACGUUACUUUCAAGCGAACACAGUUUUGGCCGUUUGCCUUGCUCGCGCGCACGUAAGAAGCAAGCCCGUGCGAAAAUACCGAGGAAUUGCUUGCAGUUUACUGGGAAAUUAGGAUCUCUUCUAACGAUACUCCUACCUCCCUGUUCUUGCUUAACAGAAUAUAGUGAGACCUCUAUUCAGGGGACACCCUCGGGUUCAAGAGAAGUAUCCCCUGAAUAGAAAUGUCCUCUGAAUGGAGAUGUCCCUGGAGGUUCCACUGUAUUUGUAGCCCUAAAAGUGAUGUUUCACGGAACGAUUCGCAACGACCAUGUUUAGCGCAACAGAGCGUUGCAAUAUUGGAACAAUGUUGCAACCAUUCGAAACAAUAUCGUAACAAUGAAGCAGCGCUGUGUUGCGCUAAAAAUCGUCGUUGCAAAUCGUCUCGUGUAACAUCACUUUAAGAGAAACAAAGGCUUUGUUCACACUUUUCCGAAUAGCUUUUUGGCUGCGACGAAAAUCAUACUGGAUAGGGCUUCUGUUCAAAAACAAGAACGGUCGACUGAGUGGAGUGUCACAUAUCGGAUAGAUUUUGUGCCAUACUUUGGCGCAGUGUAAUAUUCAGCACGUCGCGGAAGUAAAUAAGUAGGAGCGAGGCCUGGAACCCACUGAGAAGGGAGUAAAAUUUUAGGAGUGAGGACUGGAAUCUAAUGCACCAACCCUCUCGGCCAACUGUGCCGGCACGAUGUUCAAUGUGUGUGAAAGACUUGUGUCGUCACGGACUAUUGCUAUUCACACCUUCAUGAUACCGAAUAGCUUUUUGUGUCGGCACGAAACGUUACCUGGCAUCGUGUGAACAUUGCUUAAGUCCCUAAUUACGAUCAUUUUGUGUUACUUUUUUCACAUGCUUUGCGUAAUAAAGAACAACUACAGAUUUAGAAUGGUUGACGUUGUGAAAGAGCGAGAGAUCUGGUCAUCGAAGAUUGAUUUCAUUCUUGCAUUAAUGGGCUAUUGCAUCGGCUUGGGUAACAUAUGGAGAUUUCCAUACCUUUGUUUCAAAAAUGGUGGAGGUAGGUAGGUUCUUUAUUUAGCAAUUGCUGCAAUUAGAAUGCUACAUUGUUCCUUGGGUAGAAGAAACAUUUUUGGCGUGCGGUGGGAUGUGUCGGCCAAAGGCGGAAGCUACGAGCGGCACAGUCACGGUAAAGACUUCAUAUAAAAUUGCAAUUCUAAGGUUAUGUUUCGUUAGUAAAAUCCAACCUAUGGUCUCUUAUCAGUGCUGCGUUCUGAUUGGUUGAGUCACUACUAGGCUAUAUGUUAUAGCCCACUAGCAGCGAAAAACGCCGGCUUUGAAAACGAAACAAUGGCGGCUGAAUCGCGUUUUGCUAGCUAAAGUCGUUUUUUCACGAUAUUUAUGACCAACUAGUUGGAUUUUACUAACACAAUUAUUCCUCUCGCUCUCUUGGCCUCUGAGUCAAUAGCUCCCAAUCGGCCUUCGGCCUCAUGCGCUAUUGACUCAGGGCCCAUUCGGGCUCGAGGAAAAAUUGUUAAAUAUUCAGCUUCCACCCAAACCAUGUUCACACUACACCGGAUUGCUUUCACUUCUGGACUAGUCAAUCUUGUUUUCUCUCAUCAAACUUGUUUUUUGAGUGUGACCAUCCAUUUAUCCAUACAUAGAUGGUCAUAACUGAGCUAGCCUUUCUACAAACGCCGCAUCCCCGUCCCCGGGAGGGGGGGGGGGCGUCUGUAAACAAGGUAAACUGAGCCCUCUCUACCAAGCGCAUGGCUGUUAGGCCUGGGUUAGAAUCUAUACCCUAGCAAUGCAGUGGCGGAUCCAGACGAUGAGGGGAGGAGGGGGGCUGAAAAAUUUUUUUUUUCGUCCUUUCGUCGGGCCUCAGUUUGGUUUAAAUAAGAGAGUAAGGGGGGGGGGGGGGGGCCCGGGGGCCCCCCCUCUGGGCCCGCCCCUCCAAAGGUGCAACACGAAAUGAUUUUUCUUUUUAAAACCCGUUUAAACUAAAAGAAAUAAGGGUUUAAAAUUAUUUGGUUUUUUUCUUUUUCUUUUUUUUAUGUGCCUAAGGGUGACCGCACACCCUGUCUAAGGGUGGGUGUGUGUUGUGGGUGAGUGUGAGGUCAAUUCGGUGUGUAGGGGGUGGGGGGGGGGAUGGGGGGGGGGGGGGGGGUGGUUGAUGGUUUUUUUUUUGGGCUGCUGUGUGGGGGUGUUUUUGGGUUUAGUGAGGGUGGGGGGGGGGGGGGGGGGGGGCGCCGGGGCCUCUCCUCUGGAUCCGCCACUGCAAAGUGUCUACACGAAAUGAUGUCUCAUUUUAAAACUCGAUUAAACUAAAAGAACUAAUGGUUUCAAAUUAUUAGGUAGUUUUCUCAUUCCUUACUUGAUCUGCCUAAUGGUGACCGCACUACCAGUGACGGUAUUGGAGGUUGGCUUGGGGCAGUUUACCAGUCAAGGAGCAAUCACUGCCUGGAACAUCUGUCCACUUUUGCAAGGUAACCGAAAUCCUAAUGCAGUGAAUACAGUAGUCACAUGACAUCACACGUGGGGCAAGGGUGACGCAGUGGUGAAGACACAGUUAUCUCGCGGCGAAAAAUGAAGAAAAACUCAUCUGCUCCACUACUCUAACUCAAGACAAAAAGAUACUCUUCUUUUUUGGCCAUCUUAGCUUAAGAAGAAACAAAAAGCAAACUGCUGUGAAUAACAACAAAAAUUUAAAUGUAGAAUAAGUAACUAAAAAACAUAUUUGGAUAAAAAAUACUGCGCUAAAAUGUUUCUCAUAUUAAAAAAAAAGUUAAAAAAGACGACGUUUCAACGUUCAGCUAACCUUAUUAUCAAGACAUAUUUAAUUGUAAGAGUAUUUGCAUAUAGUGAAAGCAUGCAAAUUAUAAAAGGUAAAGUUUUUCACUGCUGACAUUUUAAUUCAGCGAAUGUACUAAAUCCAUAAUCAGCAGAGUUUCCUUUAUCUUGCAAUGGGUUUGCUACUGUCCUCUUGCCAUAAUUUCGAAAUGGUACCCCUUUGAUGUUGUGACUUGCUGACGUGAUGUGAAAAAUACUGACGUAAUCGCCACUACGAACAACGGGGGACGGAAAGCUCGCGUGCGAAUGAUCAUGCGCAGUCUACCUCGAUCCAGGCCCCGACUUACGUCUGGAACUGAGCCUUAAUCCGUAGUCGUCCCAUCUGAAAUUCAUUAGUUCCAAGCUAUUUUUUAAAUCAAUUUUUACAAGAUUUCCGAACUUUCAUAAAAACUACACUACAAAGCCAUCAUGGCGUAUGAGGCAAUCCCUACCAAAGGUUAAACUUAAUUAAGUGAGAAGGACCUUAUUUUUAGUGGCGCGAAAAUUUUCUUUGAACUUCCGUUAAACAUAGCAAACGCUGAGAGCAUUUAGUCGUUCUACCGCCGACCCAGGGAUUAUUUCUUAUGGUAACUUCAAAUGACAUUUCCUUGAAAUUAUAUAAUAUUUUAGGCUCAUUGUAUUUCAAGCUUUUAUAAAAUGUAAUUUGAAAUUCUUAAUGUAAAGUAGUUUUAAAGACAUAGGGACUGAUACCAGCCUUUAAGCUGAAUGGGCCACCUUGUUAAAAUAUAUAGUUUACACAAUAAACCCCUUUGAGGUUGCGCGGAAGACCGGCUCGAGAUGGUUUUAAAGUGCAUUGUGGGACUGUUUUUGGGGACGCAUUUUCAACAUGGCGGCAAAUUCGUCCCUUAAAACAGUCCCACAAUGCACUUUGACAACCACUCGAACCGGUCUCCCGCAACCUCAAAGUGGCUAAUCUGAUAAGUGCGUUUGCGCUGUCUUUGUUGUUUCACUAGGUAUCGGCUAUGCAAGUGUUCUUGUAGUGACCUGGAUCAUUAUGUACUACCUUGUGGUUCUUGCGUGGUCGUUGUUUUACCUGUUUGCCUCGUUUCAAUCGACACUUCCUUGGUCGCACUGCAAUAACGAAUGGAAUACGCCAAACUGCGUGGAUCACAAUAGUGGACACAACCAAGACGGAGAGCAUAACAACACAUUCCAAAAUGUUACCUCUCUCUUUAACUUAACGGUAGCAAAUGUAUCCAAGCGAGUGCCGGCAAUCCAGGAAUACUGGGAGUAGGUGUCUUUUUUUUUUAAAAGCUAUUGGAAUUGAAUUUAGGAGAAGUUAAAAGGGGCGGUGCUAGCCUAAGAGCGAGCACAAUGCUAUGGCAAAGUAAAUAUCGAAGAAUUACUGUUACUAAACACCCGCGUUUUCCCAAGUUAAUUUAAUCAGGUUCUUACAUAAAUAAAUGGUAAUUAGCUCAAAUUUAGGCUAUUUAGGUUCUUGAUUAGGUUCUUAUUUUCUGGAGGAAAAAAUACAGUACAUUAACUCAGUGAAUGGUACACCAAGAUCAACAAAAAUUGUGUGAAAACGAGGCUUAAUAGUCGUUGAAAUAAGCAAGAUAUCGGGCAAAGAAAGCAGAAAUAUAAAUAUGGGCAAAUUUAACCCUACUUCGCAGAGCAGGUUAUCAAAACUGACCACAAACGUUAUGGAGAGGCAAACAGAAUACACCGAUCUGAAAAACGACCUGAUCGACCUGCUGUUAAGCCCAUUAAAUUUUUGACCAACAAGCAACAUGUUGUAUGUUAGAUCGGGUUGAAACGAGUUAAAAACUAUUUAGCCCGCUCACUCAGAUUCAACAUAAUCCAACAACACUGGACAAAACGUUUUAGGAAAUCAUUGGAAGUGACAUCUGUCCAGUACAUUGUUCCGGACCACGCUUUGUCGUUUGAAACUGAUUUCUUUUUACAAUUUGCGCAAAAUAUUUCUGUCUUUAUCAGUUACAGGGUGUUACGUCUUUCUAAUGGUCUGAACGAACCAGGACCAGUGAACUGGGACCUGGCCUUGUGCCUGUUGUUGGCGUGGAUUAUCUGUUACCUCUGUGUCAGUAGAGGGAUUAAGACAAGUGGCAAGGUUAGUAAACACUUGUUGUGUGUUAGGCCAAGUUCAUACGACGAGCUUCUGCCAAUUUUAUUUGAGAAGAAAAGUGUGAAGUCACAAAACUUGAAAAUUGCGAAAUUAUGGGAUUGGUUAGCAUAUUCAGAAACAGUAAGAUGGAUAAAGGUCCCUCGCCAAAAAUCAACCUGUUAGUGCAAAUUGGUGAAGAGAUAUAAGCACCGGUUUGCUCGUCGGUUUGCUCCGGCUUCGAUCGUAACGUUAACGACUCAGGCCUAUUUUAGACGGAUUCUCUGAAAAAACUCCGUCUUCGGGGAAGUCUCUUAUUAGUAAUUAUUCAAUUUCAAUUUCAAUCUCAUUGCCACUCAAGUCAAUAAAUGAAUUAUCUGGUGCUGCCUCCUCGAUGUCCGACAACGUAAGGUCAACAAAUGCCCGGGUUAGUCGUCCGAGAAGCAGUUUUUGUGAUGUCAUCACCUCUUUUCUCUGUUGGGUUCAACAGACGCAGGGGUUUAGCGUGAGAUUGGAAGAAAAACACACUGGAAGAAAAGUUAGAGCACCAUGCAACAAGGGGGUCUGUACUUCCCCAGAAAAUUUUAAAAUUUACGCGUGUCGGAAAUGCCAUUUCGGAACUAAAUACGAAGGAAAAUGCUGUGAGGGUGCAAGGAAGGGUACAUUUUUUCGUUUUGAAUAUUUUCCAGCUUACAAUCUCAUGAAAUCAACAUGUUAUUAAAGCUGUUACCUCCCCUCUCUUUCAUUGUAUUGAAACCAUUAAGAUUAAGACUCGGAAUUAAGAUCUUUUUACGAACCUGCUCACUUGGCUUAUUUUUCAGGUUGUCUACUUUACAGCCACUGCUCCAUAUAUUUUAAUAACGGUUCUUUUGAUCCGAGCCGUUACUUUGCCAGGAGCAGGAGAAGGAAUCAAGUUUUAUCUCAAGCCUGAUUGGUCAAGACUUAAAGAUGGCCAGGUGAUUUUACUCUAAGCUCAUUACAACUCACUUACAAGAAGUUUUAACAAUGUGAAGUUCUAAAACUGUGUCCCCCCAAAACUAAGUCGCUUACGAGAGAUGGUCGUUUACAAAAGGUUCCAAUUGACAUAGUAAUUUAUCUCGGAAAAUUUCGGUGUUUUUUAUUUUCUCUUAUGGGUGGUGGUCGCAUAUGAAGGUUCGAUUUUAUAAAAUUUGUGCCUGUAGUUAAUUUAAGAAAACAGAAGACAAAAUUUCCAUAAUAUUUCGUUUUACCGACAAAGUUGAUAAAGUCUAUUCACUAAAGCAAAAAGAUUGAAAGCCUGACGUUUUGAACGCUAGCUUUUUGCCAGCGUAAAUCUAAAGGUUGCCGGAGGCGACAGGUUACAAUCAUCUCUUUCUUAGACGGAAAUCUAUGGGAAAAACAGAAAAUGCCAGGUGUUUGUCUUAUAGAGAGUCAAGGACAGUGACUGCAGAACGUUUGGGACCAACUCUAGGUGUCUGCUUAAGGGAUGUGUCCGUUAUGAGAGGGUUGGCUGUAGAACCAUCAACUUCAUCAUCAUCUUUCUAACAUAUUAAAGGCGACAUAAAAAAGCAGAUCUAUCAAAAAUAGAUUUUGGUAUAUUACCGAAUAGCCUCCCACGCAGGCGUUUUUAGGGGAGCUCGUUUUUCAUCCCUCCCCACAAACGCCUGCUCAGCCGGAAACAUCAUUCCUUUCCCAUUGUUUAAUUUGCGUGGUGAGUGACCAAUAAACAGUUGUGCAAUAAAGUGUUGACAGGCUAAACGCGUCUAAAACGUGACCCUAAAGUUACCGUUUUCCUUCUUUUCUUUCCUUCGUAAAGGUUAUGAAGUACAUGAAGUAUUCUAAAAUUUGAUUUAAUCUUGUUUUUGCCGCUCUGAAUCUAACAUUUAUUGGAGGUUAGAAAGUUUUUCAGUGUUUCAUGCAGAUCGAGUAAUUAUCAGCCCUUUGGAAUUUGGAAAGUACAAUGUGAUUAGCUAAGCAUGGGAAAGGAAUGUUGCCUUCGGUUGAGCAGGCGUUUGUUGGGAGGGAUGAAAAACGAUUUCCCCUAAAAACGCCUGCGUCGGAGGCUUAUUACCGAAGCACCAAAAUUAAUAAAAUAUGGUUAUCUAUGCAUCCAGGAAAUUUUGGUUUUGACAAAAUCAUCCGUCCGUACGUACGUCCACCUUUCAUGCUAGCGUAGUCGAAGGCAUAUACAAUGAGUGUUUAAAUUGCUAUGGUCAAUAUAUUAACAGCCGUCAAAAAACGACAUCAGCUGACCAGUGUCACAUUACUGUAUCGCAGGCUAGGGUGUACAACACAUUGAGAUCACAAGUUUAUUUUAGGUUCUCCGCUAUAUUAUGAUCGCAGGCUCAGGUCCAUUUUUUUCGUGAUAUAGUUUGCUUGUUGUUUAUGGCUAAAUUUGAAUAACUUAAAGACAUUUCUUAAAAGAUUCCACGAGAGCUUCCCUUUUGUCCAUGGUUAAAUCUAUACUUUAUCAACGCCUUUCUUUUCUCCCAGGCCGGCAACAAUGACAACAACAAGCUUUAUUUGCAUGACCAUACAAGCACGUGACCAUACAAGCACGUGACCAUACAAGCACCUUCAGUAUUGCAAAAGCUAUAUUUAGCAAUCAAAAUUACAACACAGGGCAAUUACGUUACUUUGAUAAUAAUUUGUCACGAAUAUCAAAACAAGCUGAAAUAUAUUUUAUGAAUUGUAUAUUGAUAAAGUAAUUAGAAGAGUUCAUCAGUUCAUUGAUCAAACCGUUUAUAGGUAACUGGGUAAUAUUUGGAAUCAGAGUCUUGACUCUAUAGUAAAAUUUACUCAUAAUCAUAGAGUAUGUAGGACAUUGAAAAAGAAAGUGAACUUCGUCUUCUAUUCCAUUGCAUCCACAAAAAGGGCAAUGCAGUGUGUGCAGUGUGUGCCCGGCACAGACCUAGCAACUGUAGAUUCGUUAAAUUCCCAUUACUCAGACAAAAGUAAUUUUUACUUUAAAGGUUUGGUUGGACGCUGGUACACAAGUUUUUUAUUCAUAUUCCAUUGGAAUGGGCGGCUUGAUUGCACUCGGAAGCUACAAUAAGUACUACAACAAUUUUUACAGGUACAAACAAACAAGUAAACAAACAGAUGUGACUGAACAAUUCAACUUUACCGGGUGAUGAAUUGUACCCGAUAGGCUUACAUUUUAGUAGUCUACGUUUCGCAUGUCAUAUCUCCCUUCUUCCCCGCCGAGCUUUUGCUUGUUUCAUGUUUUACUUGAUACGUAUACGGCAAGUUUAAUACCAUUAACUGACGUGAUGCAACUAACUUUGACUCUGACGAUGACUACCGCUCAGGUUGUCGAAACGUCAGUCACUGUCAACAUUAAACAGUCCUACGUUCACCCGGACGAUCAUACUCAAACUACUUAUAAUCUGUCCAUGUAAGGACGAAAUAGGUAAAAUUAGGUUCCAAUUCUCGGCGGUCUUGGGAAACUCUUUUUAGACUUUGAAAAAAGUUUGUCAACACUAUUUCAGUAUUUCGGUGACGAUAAGCGGUGGGGCCGGGAGGGGGGGGGGGAAUUAGUAACUCUAUUGUUUUCUACUUAAGUUUCUUGACCCACUCCGCCUGCCAGUAUGACGUCACAUAGUAACGGGCAUGAACCUCGGGUCGCUUGCGCAAAUUAGCAAGGGAUUCGACAGUUAUUUGGAAGAGCGAGGUCGAGGAAAAACUAAGAAGCUAGCAAGUAUCGCUAUAUAUCGCUCAGUGAUCGAACGUGUGUGAGCUUUGGUGUUGCCAUAAUCUGCUUGUGUAAAAGGUUUUGAUAUUUUGUGUCCGUGAUUGCAUAAUUUUGUUAAUUUGUUUUACGGGCCGUGUUGCGGGAUCGCCAUCUAUUUCACGGAACCGGCAAGGUCAUCAAAACUUAAAUUUUUUUCCCUAAAAUAGGCAAGGUCUAGUCUCCAGAAUAGGAGGUUCCAUUCACAGAUGACACAUAUUUAUAUUUCAUCUAUUCUAACCUAACUUCAUAUCAUUCCUUUCCAGUGUGGGCCUCUGUUGAUCUCCUAAUUCUUCACCAAUAACAGUAAAGCUAGUUCGAUCGUUUAUCUACAUCGAGUCGGCCUGUUGAACCCGAUGCGAAAUAGCUUUGAAAUACGCGCGUUAGCUAAUUUUCCUCAAAUGUAUAUUUGAAUUCAUGAUAAAUACAGCUCCAACAGCUUCAAACAGCGUCUAUGGAAGAGAAAAAUUUUUUUGAUUUGACAAAAUUAAUUUUUUAAAUCAUGUGUGUCACUGUGGUGCAGUGGUCUAUUUACACCUAACACCCACCAGCGACCCACUGGCGAAAGUUAAACUUGCCUUUUGUACAUCGUCUUAAUCAUCAAUAUUAUUAUCCUAAAAUCUCCACUGGGUUCCCCCACCCCAAAAAUAAUUAAACGAAACCUUUUAUUGCUUUUCGGGAUUUAAUUACAGAAUUACAGGUGUAUGCCCAAUACAGUAUUAAAAUGCGGUUAAGCAACAAGAUUCAAUGCUCACAGUCUCUCACAAAUACGUGUCAUUUAGCUUCCUCUUUCAACGCUACAGCUAAGCAAACUUUGAGAUGAAUGAUAUGGGUUCCACUAGCUCUGAAGAGCUGAAAAUACGCACAAUGUAAAGCAUAAUACAUCCUUUGAUGAACCUCCUAUUGCUGUGUCCAAACUCUUCAAUCUUGCUGUGCACUGGCCCUCAAAAGUGUGACCGGUCGGUAUGAUUGCCCGUAAAAUUUGCUCGACGAUAGAAAGGAAUCUUUAAAAUUCAUAACACCACUGGACAUUUCAUUCCAAAAAAGUACUCAACUCUAGUUUUCUAUGACAAUAGAAACCUUAAAAUCUCCAAAUCCAAGAAAUCGGAACAGUAUUUCCGUGAUAAACUAAAAGUUUUUAUCCGUCUCUUCCAUGAACACUUUGGUCGCCAUCUUGAAAGUUACCGACGCCAGACGUGACGUCAUAAUGGCAGGCGGACUGUACCACAGAUUUCCUUGGAGACACCUCCUCCCCUGGGUGGGGAUAUGCAAACACUGACAUAAAAGCCCAACAAUUCUCAACCUCAAAACAAACACACAAAUUAAAAACAAUAAAAACGGAAGAGUGUUCAUAAGGAGCUGAGGUAAGCGAUCAGCUGAGAAUUUGUGCAUUUUUGCUGAAUGAUUGUUUUCUUCCCCUUCAGGGACUGCAUAUGGAACGCACUCUGCAACAGCGGAACAAGUGUUUAUGGCGGAUUUCUGAUUUUCUCUAUUUUGGGUUUUAUGGCGAAACAUGAAGGUGUUGAGGUCAAGGAUGUAGUUCAGGCAGGUUCGUUUGCUCACGACCUAAAAAAAAUGGUUUGAGUUGCUAUGGUGGAAUUUAAAAACGCAAAGAUAUAUAAUAUCCCCGAAAAGGAGCGAAGUCGCUUUCACCUGCGCUGUACGUUUGUUAGCGUCCAGUGCCCAGGCCCAGUUUUUUCUUGACGCACAUUUAUUUGAUGGACGGAUGCCACUAAAUAUGAUCGAUUUAACGUCAGCAUUUUCCAGUUUCAUUCAUCCCAACUUUCCAAACAAAAGAUGAACAUAAAAUCUGCAGAAGCCAUAGAAUUACGGGUUUUCAACCUAUGACGUACAAGAACGCUCUUUAAAGCGUUAACUCGAGCUUCCUUGGAGAUUAGAUAAGAAACAAGGCGCACGAGUGCGUGAACCGGGCCUUCUUUUAGUUCAUACAAUGAUAGAGUGCCAGGGGAAAAUGUGCACUACAGCCCAUAUGAACUUUUAUGAUGAAUUGAUUAUGAAUAACUGGAAAAAAAUACUAACGGCUAGCAAAUCAGUCUGGAAAGACUCGAACGUUCGAAAGGGGUGUACUUGACCAUGAGUGCAUAACAAUGUUAUGCUUCAAAGAUGUGUUGAAGCUAGAUUUCUUUUUCUUUAAAUUAGCAUGAGCUUCAGUCACAAUCUUUGGUAGUAAACUAAUAUUUUGAAGGAAAAAACUUUGAAAUAACACCCUGAAGAGGAAGAGAACAUAAUGGUUGGAAUAAUUAUGCUAGGAUUUUAAAUUUGUUUUGGUUGCUGAAGUGCUUAUUGUACAUGCUAAAUUGCUACAAAGGAGUAAAAAUCCCAGAUCUUCCCAUGAGUAAGGUCUGUAUUCACUUUUUAUCACUCUGUUACAGGCACUUCAAAGGCAAACUACCGAAAUCUUCUUUUAGCUAAUUCAUCGUCAGAAAACUUCGAAAAGUGGUUCGGCACUUAUCGUUUGAUUUGGGACCAAGUUCAUCUUCUCUGAAAAAAAAAGUAAAUAAAUAAAGGAUAUGUCAAUAUUCCAUUGCCUUGGUAUUGAUUCAACAACAAGCACAGAGAUAACCACAGAAAACCCAAACCUAUACUGUGUACCUCGUUGACGAUAAUCCCGAAACCAAUUUAAAUACAGAAUAUUAUAAUCGAUUUGUCAAUCCUUUUAAUUGCAAGUUUGAAUGUACAGUAGAUGAACACAGCAAAGAGAAAAAUUUCUAGAAUAGAUAAUUUUGAAAUUUCUAAUAAUGUUGGAUCGAUCAAAACGGAGUUUUGCAAGAUGGAAAUUCGACAGUAAGCAAUCGCCCAUUUUUUAAAGAGCUAUAAGCUUACAUGUAAACUUUGACUUUCAAAUUUAUUUUAAAUCUCAUUGUUAAAUUAAAAUUUAGCAAUGAGAUUUGAUCGAUCAAAAUCAUGUCGAAUUUUAGCAUCAAACAACUCUACGUGCUUUACAAACCUGCCGCUUCCGUGCGAGUUCGAUACAAGUUAAUCCAUAUAUGCCGAAAAAGUCAAAGAAUAUUUCUUUCCUUCGAUAUAGUUAUGAUUAGGAUUAGGAUUUUGCCUCUAAGCCAAUGAAUUUGCGGAAAUCGAUCACGCGAUAUUUCGCCAGUACAGGCAUGCGCUUUAAAGAGCAGGGGGCGAUUUGACGACGAAAGGAAAAACCCAGGCCAUUUUAUAACCCGUCUCUUCCUGAAAGGAAGGCCGGGUAAUGAGGAGGCGUUUAAUUCUACCCGAAACUGGAUUUCCUCGCUAAAAGUUUUUCACGUCCUAUUUUAUCGACGGUCGAUUGGUCUUCCGGAUAUUUACUUUUUAUAUCGUAUUCGACGAUUUGCUCCUGACUGGAUUGAGAACACGUGUAUGAAAACACGAAAAACCAAGGGCCUCGAUUCGAGAGAAAUAACAUCAUCGCCAAAGAGCAAAUACGUGAUGAAUAUGGCGUGUCAUAUCAAUCAUCGCCUAAAAUACAUCGCGUGCUCAUCGCAAGACUUACAAUGAAAGUUUAUCCCACCCGACCAGUUUGCCUUUCUAUCGAAGUUAUCCUCAUAAAAUUAAUUUUUUUUAACGCCCGAAGUAUUCACUUUUUUCAAAGUAAUCAACGCUUUCUGCAUUAAUCUUUCCAAAGCUUUAUUAACAAAACGUGCAUGGCACCCUGGAAAAUGUUUAUAUGUUCUCAGUCACGUCGUGAUUUUUAUCCCCAGUUUCCACGGUCUACGCUAGGAACGCCUGGGACCAUGAAUCCCCUCUUAGCGCACACACAUGGAAAAAAAAAAAAAAAAAGAAAGAAAGAAAGAAAGGCUUGCCCUUUUAGAGUACUUGCUGCUAAAGCAAGCUCGACUAACAGGAAACCUAUGAUUGGAAGGUCAGUCAAAGCUUGUUUAUAUAACGAAAUGAGAAGUAUUUUUAACUGAUGAAACGCCAAAAGCAACUUAUUAGAAGAGACAACUGCUCACCUAGUAUAAAAUAAGAAACAAAUAAUUCUUACCAAUUUGGAGUUGCGUAAGGUUUUUCCAUUUUUCGUUUGCACGUCCCAGGUAGCACGUCUCAGGUAGCACUUUCUCUCUCCUCGAACAAUUUUAUAUUUCUCUUUAUAGGACCGGGCCUUGUUUUCUUAGUUUAUCCUGAAGCAGUUGCCCAGAUGCCGUUGGCUCCUUUGUGGUCCGCGUUGUUUUUCUUCAUGUUUCUUUUGCUUGGUCUGGACAGUGCGGUACGGUGAAAAAAACAAAGCCAUUCAGACUUAAAUACAACUUGUUGUCAUAACUCAGUUAUUUACGUCUUUUUGUUCUGGUUCCCAUGUGUUGUUUCCACCACCACAAGUAAAACAGAAAACAGGAUCACUGUGUCCCUGUACAUGGAGAAAUUAGUUAAUCUUUAAUAACACAUACAAAAGUAUAAAAUGUGGAGAAACGUUCUAUAAUUCGUGUUGGCAGACCCAAUCUUAUUGCGUUAAAGUUCAUAUGAAUUUACUCAAUAUCAAUGUCAGUAUUUAUUUUUUGUUAUUCUAAAGUUUGAAGUAGUUUGUUAAGUGUUGACGUUGCCUACAAAAGCCUGAACUAAAUUAAAAAAGUCUCUAUUUUGCUUCUGUACAGUUUGUGGUGAUCGAAAGCAUUAUAACUGCUAUUGUCGAUUUAUUCUCGCAACAUCUGAGACGAGGAUACCGCAAAGAAUUGUUUACAGCUCUGAUGUGUAGUCUGUGGUUCCUUUGUGGAUUGUCCAUGGUUACUAAGGUAAAGCUUUAUUGACGGGUCUUGGGGAGAGGCCUGGGAGGUCUGCUUCUCCUUAUUUGAAGGCCAAACUGAAGCCCAAAGGGUUGUGAAAUGUUUUUCUAGGAAAGAUCUGAUUCUAGCGCUGAGGUUCUGUAAAUAGCUCAGUGAGCGUGCUUUUUAUAAACUAAAUCCAAACCCGAAAGUUAUAACAUAAGUUAUUUCAUAACUAAAAGGGCCUGUUUAAAUUAGUAACCUCUGCUUUAAUCAGCUCUUUCAAAAUAGUAUCAUCAAAUACGAAAAAUUCAAGUGUUGAUUAGCACGUACAUUCCUUGUAGAAAUUCAGUUUUAUCAGCUGCAUCGCACACUUCAAAGAAAGUCUGGAAUGCAAGACUGAAAUAUUCAGGAAUAAUUAACCAUGUUACCUGCUUUUAACAUUCAGUUAUCGUUUUUAAAUCGUUUAGAAAACGAGAAGCGUCAACUUUAAUGAGGAGAAAGUGUAAAAUGUAAAUGUAAGAUUUGCGUUUACGCGCCAGUUGUCGGUACAUUGUGAUAAGUCCUUGCCUUUGAAUGUAAACUAGAAGUAUCGAUGACACAACAUUAACAUUAUUUUUUAGGGUGGUAUGUACGUGUUUCAGUUGUUUGACGCAUAUUGUGGUGCCGGAACAGUCCUGUUGUUAGUUGUCUUGGGUGAAUGUUUGGCCAUUGGAUGGUUUUAUGGUGAGAAACCUGCUUGGACUUCUACCUAGAGAAAUUAGCUUUCUAGCUAGCAUUUCCCAAUGCCCAAAGCACCCUUCAUUGGGUCAGCUAUAUACAUUGUUAUACUGUGUGUUGUUUCCCUGACAUGCUAGUUAAUUCCCAUUUUGUAAUAUUACUCUGCAAAUAUGGUAGUUCACACGUGCUAUUGCAAAUUGACUACUACUGAAUCAGUGUCGUAUUGAUCCAAAAUUACUGCAUAUUGAAAGGCUACCUUGUUUUCUGCAGCUCACUUUUGGAUUUCUAAUGUAGAGAGGUAUCAAUCCAAUACUGAACCGAUACUAACCCAGCUAGUGUGUGAGUAGUGUGACAAUGUUUCAAGGAACCUGGGUACACGAAGUGAAGGCUAACAAAGACGUCAGGAAAUAGUGCAUAUACGUUUUUCUGCACUCCUUAGCCCACCAACUCUCCAUGGCAACCCUAAUUCAAAUCUUGAUCAAAAUGUAUUAGUCAAAGAUCGUCCGUGGUUAUAUAAAAGUUGUUUUGUCUUAACUUGAGUGCAGGCAGUGAAAAAUUUGUUUGAAAAUCUUUUGAGGAAUGUUUUCAGAAUCUGCGAGUAAAAAACAACAAGCAAACACUGAAGUAAAUGACAGGUUACUAUUUCUUCUCUUAGAGAUGCAACUAUGUCGAUAAAAAAUACUAAUCUCGUAAUCAUCUUGUAUUGGUUUUGUGUGCGAUUCCUUUUGUUUAUUUUGGACAGGUCGUGACCGUUUCUAUAGCAACAUAGAGGCUAUGUUGGGAUUUCCUAUCAAUCCCUGGUGUGGCUGGUGCUGGAAAUAUCUGUCACCAACUACUGGCAAGACUAUGGCAAGGCAAAGACGCAUUUUAUCUGUCGCCACGUCAAAAAACAAUCCAAUUGACCUACCUCUUUUAAAUAGGUUUGUGAUCCAUCACGUAAUGUCGAUUAGAAUCAUUCACUCGCCAGCCUUCAAAAGAAUAAAGAGCUCAACCCACGACCCCUUCAAAAAAAGUAAAAAAGGGCGUUCCUCUUAAAAUGUGUCCUCUAAAGCACCAAUUAGUCUCUGGAAUAGUUUUCUCUAAAGGGACGGACCAUUAGAAAAUUUAUGGGGGAGAUGGAGGAAUUUUUGAGCCAAAUUAUAUUUUUUCGUUUACAUUUCCCUUACAUGAUUUAUUUGAGGCCAGAGCAUGAAAUUUUUUUAUGGUUACUUGACCUGCAUGAUUUUUUCCGGUUAUUUUUCCCUUGUGCGAAUUUUUUUUUCGUACUUCGCCCGCCCGCCUCGCCUCCAUAAGUUUCCUAAUGGUCCGUCCUUAACUAACGAUUUAGUGUUUUGGGGCAAAUUCUUUAUCCCCUGACUUAUUUUUCUUUUCUUUUCUAGGCUGUAUUUGUUUUCUACCUUUCUACUUAUCAGCCACUCAAGUAUCGAGAAUAUGUUUAUCCUGCCUGGGGACAGGCGAUUGGCUGGCUGAUGACCCUGUCGUCACUAUCCUUAAUUCCAGCUGUUAUGAUAUGCAAACUGAUGAACGCCACUGGAUCAAUCAAAGAGGUAAUUAUCUGCUGCUGUUGUAACAAUAGCAACUCAAUUGGCUCAGUAUGCAUAAUUCAUCAGAGCUAAAAUAGACAGACGGCUUCAUGAUUUAAAAAUUUUUAAGCAAUGGCACUGGACUAUUCUUAGUCGCUUAUUAAGGGUCACUAGCCUCUAACUUCUCCCUUCAGUAAUACUGCUCAACCUUUAUUAUUAUCAUUAUUAUUAUUAUUAUUAUUAUUAUUAUUAUUCAAAAGUAGGUUGAGUUUGAUCGUCCGGGUGAACGUAGUCCUGAAUAGGACUGUUGUUGUUGACAGUGACUGACGUUUCGACAACCUGUGCGGUAGUCAUCUUCAGAGUCAAAGACUUUGACUCUGAAGAUGACUACCGCACAGGUUGUUGAAACGUCAGUCACUGUCAACAACAACAGUCCCAUUCAGGACUACGUUCACCCGGACGAUCAAACUCAACCUACUUUUGAAAUGACUCCUGGGUUCAAACCUUUCACAGUUAUUAUUAUUAUUAUCAUUAUUACAUCCAACAGAGAAUUUUUCCUGUUUUGACGGCUAAUGAAAGGAAAGGAAGAAAUUGUUAAAUAAAAUUAUGUAUUAUAAGAAAAAAGAUGUCUAGGAGCUAAAUAAACAUACGUUUUCGUACGAGCGCUUAGCUAUAAAAUGAUAUUUUUUUACACAGUGGUGACAGAUAAAAUUGUAGCAAAAAACACAACAAAACAAUGGCUGCCAAAAAACACACAAAUAUCGAAGAAAUCGGUCUAUAACAGGAGCUCCGUUUGAGAGCUCCUUCAUUCGUGCCGACCGCGUGGGCAUCAAACAAUGAUAUAGGAUGUGAAAAUAUAGGAAAUGAUCGACAAGUGUAAAACUAGGUCUUGAUUGUUCAACAAAUUCACCUCAUUAGUGCCAGAGGGAGAGUAUUGAGUAAUGUUUGGAGAAUAUCCAUGCUGAUAUCAGGGUUUAAAGGGUCAAAGACCUUUUCUUAACUACCCCCUAGUGACGUACUCUUGAGAAAGCUGUUACCUGUCCUAACAUUUUCCACAUAACCUGUUUGCUUUCUGUACUUAAGAGUGAGAGAGGUUUUAAAACAGAUAGCAAGAGAUUAUCCUUAGGCCUCUAUUUAAAGACCUUUCUUAACUCUCAUCCCAUUGAGGCAUUUUCUAUAGAGAAAAGUGUCCACCGCCUUGCACUUUCCUCGUUACUAGCCAGUCAGAUCAAUCAUAAUUUAAGGCAGUGUGAUAGAGGAUUUUAAAACCAGACGUGCGUUAGGACAAGAAAUUCCAUUGAUAAGGAGUCUAGAAUACAGUACCGGGAAUUCAGAAUUCAAGACUGUCUUUGAUGAACCGUAACUGAAAGCAAGUUGAGAAGAGGCCCUAGGUAGUUUCCGAGUAAACAAAGACAUCAGUUUUAUGAAAAUCGUUUUGAGGUGUUCCUUAUUUUUUCUAUUAAUAGAGCUAACCCUUAAAAUGUGAGAUUCAAUCAAAUGCUUAUUACUACCAAAAGGUUUUCUGAUUUUGUUAAAAUAUCCCUCCAUAAAUUCACCUACCAUUUAAUUUCAGCGAUAUCACAGUAUCCUUCAUUGAUAACCUUAACUGUCUUUAUCGCUAGUUUUUGCAUCUCUUGUGUGGAGGCGUGUGUGGCCGAGCAGUUCAUAACACCUCGAACUCUGGAUCUGGAGGUCCGGGGCUCAAGCCUCGCCCGUCGCGAUGUUUCCUUAGACAGGGCACUGUACUCAACUUUGUUUCUCUUCACCCAGGUGUAUGAAUGGGUACCGGUGACAUACACUGUAAUGCACUUGCAUCCUCUCCAGGGGGGAGUCGCAAUACUUCUAAUCAUGCGUCAUGCUAAGGAAAUGGGUUUAAGCUCCGGCCGUUUGGGCCUUUGGCUCUUGUGCGUCUUUACCUUACCUUACCUUUUGCAACUCAAACCGUUAUAGAACGAAAUUUCAUUUCCUCACUGAGAGCGAUAAAUCAACUCAUAUCAUCAUUAUUUAGUGGUUGUUGAUUUUUGUUUAUUACAGCGGCUACGAGAAUUGACGAUACCCGUUUUGUUUCAUCGCCAAGAAGACAACGAGACUGCACAACUUAUUCCCAAAGAAAGCAGCAAGGCCUAAUAGUCGUCGAAAACAACAGUUUGAAUAGAAUACAGCGCGUAUUCUCUGAAGAAGCAAAUGAAUGCUAGAAUAAAAGCUAAGGCUUCUGUAUCUAAAAAAAAGAGGUAAAUGAACUUAAUAGGAAACAUUCACAGAAAUUUGCUUGAAGGGGAUAUUUCACGACGAUAUUGCUGUUUUAGGUCAAAUCUGUGUAUAAGUCAUUGCAAAAAAUUGCUCCCCGGGCAGAGUUAUGAAUGUUUUGGUGAUUUUUGCAUGCAUAUCAUUAAGCCUUGAAAAGCUUAACCCAAUUUUUUCAAGUUUCGAUCCAUGUCCAUCCAUCCUACGUCGCCAAGCGACCAUGUCUUUGAUACGACGUCAGCAACAUCUUAAUCUAUCUAUGAGAGCCAACUGACUUUCUCAAGUCAGUUGGUAAAACCAAAAGUUUGGGAAUUGCUGGGGCUAAUGCCAGCUUUAAAUGGAGUCACAAAGUUUUCUCUCGACGUUUUCCUCAGGAUUACCUAUAUAACACGUCAUCAAAGGACCCUACAUAAGUAGUAGAAAAAUUCCUUUAGUUACAUAAUAAUCAUUCCAGUGCAUUAAAAGAAGGCGUUGCGAAGCAUAUACUUGGGCGUCGUUGAAU